AGGUGAUAUUUCCCGCUCGAUUGCUCGUAAGCUAGUGGAUGAUGCUGCCUAGAGGUAUCCUGCGUAAAUCGUAGGUCUCUAUCUUGUUUCUAUUAGAAGUUAUUUGAAAAUAUCACGGGUCACCGUUAAUUUAAUACAUUAGGAAAUUGUACUUCUAUUAUCUCAGCCGGUAGACCCUUGAUAGUUUGACAAUUUUUACCUGGCACUUAGAAAAUUAUGGAGAAUAGUCUGGUUGACUCAGAUUUUUGAUAAAGUUACUUACAUUUUUUCCCACAAAUCGUACAACUAAAAUACGAUUCACUCAUAUACUACAUAAGAAAAAAACAGAAAUGUGAUGACUGUAAGCGAAAGAAAGAGAAAGGAAAUUUUGACAUAUAGGGAUGAGUCUCCUCUCUUCUUUUUCUGUUAUUGAACGUUACCGCCUGGAUCAAACUUCUUUUUCUUUCUAGAUAGUCCAUCAGAGAAAACAAUUAGAGAGACUGAUCUAACAGGGUUAUUAAGAGUUGGAGUGUAUAAAGUGAUAGAAAGAGACUCUCUGAGUAAUAAUUAGUAUUCAAUAGAAUCUUGAUCGAUUAAUCGCCAGCUAUUCUAAUCAAUUGAAUGUUCGGUCUCUUCACAGUACUUACUGAUAGCUGAUUUCUUAAAUGUCAGCAUUUUCUCUUGAUCUAUACACUCAUCAGAUUUGCUCAUUUCAGUAAUUUGCUUUGUUAUUCGACUAGCUGCUUUCACUUUUGUGGUUCUCUUUAAUCUAAUUCUUCCUGUAUCUGAAAUAUUUGAUUGUGGAGCAAAUUUACCUGCGGACUGAAAUGACGCUGAUAGAUUGGUGCUUGUAGAAAGAUCAUCAAAACUAUUCAAAAGCAUAGGAUGAUCCUUUGGGAGGCCAUGCUCCCAAGAUCAUCUACAAGCUUGUCGGGUUCUUUUCCCCAUAUAACUAGCAGUGCAGUCUCUGCAAUGAAUAUCAUAAACAAUGUUUGAUUGCAUACGUUUCUCAAUCUUAUCUUUUAAAUUAAAGGAAGCUCGUAUCGAUGCUGGUGGUUUUUGAAUAACUAUCAACUUGCUAUUAGGUUGCAUGGAUUUCAUAAAAUUAUGUAAAUUGCGAGCAAAAAGAAGAGUGACUUUGGAAUUAAGUGCCAUGAGAAAAAACGACAGUACAGAGAUUAUUUUUUCGAGUUUUUUGACACAUCUAAGAACUACCGAAAAAAAUGAUUUCUUGUUGACUAUGUAUGAUUCAUGGAGGAAGCCUUCAAAAGUCGGAGUAGUGAAUUCUAUCACGGAUGAAAAUAUUCACUUAAAAGAAAAGUAAAGAAGGGAGGCGCCUAAGGUCGGUCGUUUUUGUGCCCGAAUAUUUCUGCACAAACAUUACACUCGUGAUACAUUUCUUUAUCGCCUACUUAAUAAAGCUCUACGAGAACAAGACAUCGGCGUACUUUAUGCACUGAGAUACUUCAUUAAAGAUCUUUAUUUAGAAUUAAUUGAUACUGCACAAUCAAUCACAUCACCUGUACCGCAAAAGAUUACUGUUUAUCGUGGUUAA